GUAGUGGUUUGUAAAUAAAAAGUGUCAAACAUACAAAAGUCAUGCAUCCGAACAGGAAAUUCUAAAAUUUUUUUUCAAAGUAAUUUAUUGCGUUUAGUUUCUACAAAUUGUUUGUUUGGAAGCAGGAAAGUUUUGUGAAAAAGUUUUCGUAAAUGGAACUUAUAAAAAUAUACAAUUUCUACAUAUUUAAGUUGGCAUCAUAAUUUUGCGAUAACUGCGAUAAAGACUUAUGUCCUUAAACAAUUUUUUUGUUGCCAAAUAACAAAAUUUUUGCAAAUAUUUAAAGGAUUUUUUAUAUACACAUACAUGCACUGAGGUCGUACUCACAACACCUUCUGGAGGGAUGAUUCAUUGAUGGCAGAUUACCCAAGAACAUUUUCGUAACUUGCCACAGGAUCCGUGAUAUAUCAUUUGAGGAGAAGUUUAGACAAAAUGAGCAAGUUGAAGCCGCGCGAUGUUCAUUAUGAUUUAGGAGCCAAUGAGUUCGGAAACAAUGCAGUACGCUUUAUCCAAGCACUGGUUGCAGAAUUUGUAGGCACAUUUAUUCUGCUAUUCUUCGGCGUCGGCUCCUGUACACAAAGCCAAGAGAUAGUUCCAGUUUCGCUUGUGUUUGGAUUCUCUCUAACGAUAGCUGUCGUGGUGGCAGGCCAGAUAAGUGGAGGCCAUGUGAAUCCUGCAGUAACUAUUGGCCUCUUGGUUAUUGGCAGGAUUACUUUUAUUCGAGCAAUAUGUUAUGUAAUCGUCCAAUUUUGCGGAGCUAUUUUUGCAACAUUUAUUCUCUCCUUAUUGGUCUCGGGUGAAAUAAGUCAAGGGCAUACUAUCCUGAGGAGAGAAAUAAGCGCCUUCCAAGGCAUGUGCCUGGAAUUAGCAGGAACUACAGUGCUAUUGUUAGUAAUUCUCGGAUCUGUUGACAACAAGAAAGUGUUACAGCCAAUUGCGCCCUUCAUGAUUGGCUUAGCUUUAGCAACGAAUUGCUUAGCCAUUGGCAAAUAUACGGGUUCCAGUUUGAACCCGGCAAGAACCAUGGGGACUGCCAUACUGUCUAACGAUUUCAGCGAUCAUUGGAUUUACUGGGUUGGGCCCAUUUUGGGAGGGAUUUUAGGUGCUGUAAUUUAUGUGGUUUUCAUAGAAGAAAAGAAUGGAUCAUCAGCAGUUGGAGAGGCAGUUUAAUCUGAUAAAUAACGCAUACACUCUAUCGAAAGUUUGCAUAUAACAUAUAUUUAUAUAUGUAAACGCCUUCAGCCGCAACCAAACCGACAUGUAUACGCACAUGUAUAUAUGUGAUACAUAAUCAUUUAAUGAGUUAAGUUUUUCCUAAAGUGUACCUUUGAUCAUUCGACAAAAAUUAUACGAAAUCAGCUGCAGAA